CUUGACCUUCAUCCAAGUUUACCCAUCCUGAACCGAUCUGGCCACUAGAGUUCGGGUAUAUCAAUGCUAAUGAAGUCUGACCAGAAGCCCUACAUUGACCUCUCUGCUGAGCUCAACGACGAGCUUGACUGGAAAGCUGGGACGCUCAGGGCAUUUGAGCACCAUUUGGAUAUCUCGGCAUGGGCGUAUGAGGCGGUCUCGGGUGUAAUUGCUAUAGGGACUAGCUACGGCAUCAUCAACCUCUAUGGAGGCCCUGGCGUGGAACAUCGCGUAGAAUCAUCUGACCGUGUCGCAGUUCGAAGCUUGCACUUCGCUAGUUCAAUAUUCAGGCUUUUGUGUGUCGAUAGCAAAGACCGUCUGAAUGUCUGGGACCUUAACACCCCUGGAAAGCCAAAGAUGCAGAGCGUCAUCAACUUCAACCAUCCCAUAAAUUAUGUGGUGCUCUCAUCAUCUCACUCACAUGCCUUCAUCGCUCUCGCAAAUGGUGAAAUACAGACAUACGAUCUGAUGUGCUCGAGAAAGUCGCAAUUCACUAUGCCAAACCUAUGGGCGCUGUAUGAACGAAGAGUACUAGCAGGGGGUAUGUCGAGUCGCGCCGGCUCUCAAUCGCAGCUUCCGAUAGAGUUGGUCGUACAUCCGCGAGACCUGAAUCUCCUUUUCGUGGCCUAUGGAGGCGGCGUCGUGAUGUCGGAUUUGACGCAACGUAACACAGUGCGGGCCUUCGAAUAUAUUAUUCCACCUGGAGCACCUGGGGGUACAGGCUACCAUGGGCAUCAGGAUCUUUUGACGCACCGGCGACCUGAUGUAACUGCACUCGCGGUGCAUCCUUGUGGCCACCUGUUUGCAGUCGGUUACACAGACGGAUCAAUAGCGUUCUGGGCUGUUGAGGACGAAGACAAGCCGCUCAUGGUCCUGACCCUCGACGGCGAGCACGACAUCAACAUCGCUGAUUCAUGUAAAUUUGACGAGGCUAUGUCCAAGGGUCGUGUGAAGUCGAGCAUUCGAGAGCCAAUCUUCAAGCUUGCGUGGAGCGGAUUCGCGAAUUCGGACGACCCUCGCGGUGGAGAUACUGUUUUGACGGUUCUAGGAGGCUUGAAGGAGGAAGAUGUCCCUGGUGUAACCGCCUUGCUGCUUCCCGCAUUCAAUCCUCCAGAGCCCUCUUCAUCUACCGCUCCCGACUCCCAGACGCUCCAUCCUGAAUUCCGCGCCGCCAUGCGACAGUCGGUGACACCAAAGAACUUGCACACCUAUUCGACUGUUGGCACACCCCAAGACUUCUUACUGCUCCCUAGAGAGAGUCCGCAUUUUGCUGGGACUUACGAUCCAUAUGCUAUACUCCUACUUUCAGAUGGCGAAAAGGAAGCUCGGGCCAUCGAGACGUACCAGUACCCACCACCGAUUUUCGCCAUUCACGAGCACACGGAGCCUACGCCUAGUGUCCCGAGAGACGAACCGGAGCAGCUCGAGGACGUGCUGUCGGACGAGAUCGCGCUUACACUGGAGUCGAUGCAGUUGAACGACGAACCCAAGUCCCUGGAGGCCCCUCCGUCAUUUUGGAGCGGACCUCUUGGCGUGAUUUCUGGAGACCUGAUUUCUCUGGAGCGAGACGCGUACGAGGCAUUAGUUCAUGAGGCGGCGCCCGAGGAGGAGGGCCUACGUCUGCAAGGCGGGUCUGCUUGGGUAGAUGACAUCGAGGGUCAGAUGAAGCUUCUUCGAUUCCAACCACACCGUAUGCUGGCUACCUUCCACUCCGACCUAACUGUUCGCUUCCGCGAUCUCAGCGCCCAGCUUCUCCAGAGCUCAGAUACCAACCCACUGCGAGCACGGUACCCCAACCCUCUCCCGUCAUUGACACUCGAUGUUCUUGCUCUGCUGGCGGAUCCUUCGGUUGCGUCUCAGACCUCACCAAAACUCGUCGAGGAAGCCCAUAUUGUCUCGUUACAACUUGCCCCACAGUCACUAGAGUGUGCAGUCGCCCUAAAAAGCGGAGAAGUUACUAUCUUUCGUAUGGCCGGUGUACCGGCAGGCGAAGCUGCUAUCCCGCGGACGCUAGACGACACAGAGCUAAUCUCCGCGACACACGUGUGUACCGGGGAGCAUCGACGCUUCCAGCCGCACUUCUUGCUGUCUACACGCCGAGGUCCCGUCUCUGCGGUCGCGUUAUCUGACAUCGGAUUCCUUGCAACUGCGUAUGAGGAAGGCGCCAUCUUCAUCGUCGAUAUGCGAGGGCCAAGAAUCCUCCUCCGAGAGACAUCAGACCGAGCUGGUCGUCGGAGAUCCUUCUUGCGGAGUCAUGCAGACCCUGUCGUGAGUUUGGUUUGGACCGUCGCCGGUACAGAUGGAGACAUCUUUCCACGCGUUCGCCUCCUCGCAACACGCGAGAGUGGUACAACGGCGAUCUAUACCCUCUCGCGCACACCCUCAGGCAUCUGGUCCGUCGGCGCGGACCAUGCGACGACCGAGGGUAUCUCACACGCCAUCCCUGGGGCGUCCUUUGUUCUUGACAUUAAGACCGGUGCAGCACGAACGGCCGACAAGAUUGGCCUCGUAUCGGUCAUGCAUGCCGAUGCCGGUGACGCACAGAAGGGGACCGCAAUUUGGGUCGUUGCGGGCGCCAAGAGCGUGAAGAGCGUGUUAGAUAUCACUGGUGAGCGGCUUGGACGCGCGGAGUGGCCCAGCAAAGCGGGAAAAGUCGAGAGUGUGGUUGUCGUGCGGAAAAAUACAGCGUCGACGCUCCUGGUGGCAUACACCGACAAGCGCGAAGCGCUGGUCUACUCUCUGCCCUACCUCGAACACAUGCACAGUCUGCAGAUCCCCCAGUCAUCCACCGAGCCACUCAGCGUCGAUGGCACAGGCGACUACAUCGAGUGGAAACGCCAUCCGUGCGGGCUCAUCUACAAGGAGCGCUACGGCACGCUCUUCAACGUGCGUCGCUCAGGGCCGUACGAGGCCCCGCAGGUCGACUUCGCCGCCAGACGUAAGACCGUGCCGCCGCAGCCGCAACCUGUCUCUGUCGGCCCAACAUCGUUCAUCGGGUCGUGGAUCGGGUACAUCACAAGCGCUACUCUGACCGGGGACCAAAUUGAUACGUUGUUGGGUGGUCCUGAUAGGCCUAUACCGCAGCCAAAACCUCAGAGGCCGAAGCCAAGUGCAACAGGUAGCGGGCGAAGCAGCGGUAGCGGCAGUCGACCAGAUCCGCAGAGGGCGAACUCCGUCUCGGAGAUGGCCAACUCUGCGUCUCGAGGUGUCAACGAUCUGUACUCGCGGCUAAAUAAUGCUCUGGCCGAGAGGGGAGAAAUGUUAGGAGGGCUCGAGGAGUCGUUCCAGUCGCUAGAGUCUGGCAGUAAGAACAUGCUUGCCCAGGCUAAGAGUCUGGCCGCGAAACAGAGUGCCAAGCGAUGGUUCGACUUCUCGUAAAGAUCACAAGACGUAAUGAAUCUCAUCUGUAUUGUACACUUUCUGCAUACCAGCUUGAUGCUUACUUUUCGGCGGGAGGCUUCUCGCUAAGGAAUACACUAGUGAUGUUGACGGUGGAUUUCUUGCGAUACUCAUUGAGCAUGCCGAAGAAACCGUCCUCCUUUGUGGUCUCGUGCUUGUGGUCCCAUUCUUCGGUGUGGCGCACAAUCUGAUGGGCCGAGUUCGUUUCGAUGGUGAGCAAGGAGUUGACGGUCUGUUACAUACAGAUGUUAGCUUCCAUGAUAUAUGUUGG